AUGAAGUGUAAUGUUUGUGCGGAAGGGGAGAGGAUGGUAGUCUUUGCUGAGCUGGCUCGGUUUGUGAUACCAGUCGUAUUCGACAGGCAUGUAUUAGACCUAGUCUCUAUUGCUGAAACAUUGGAUAGUUAUUCUUUGUCUCGUGAUUUGAGCGUGCUGUGGUUCGUAGCCAGCGAAUUGAGGAGUGACCAGACGGGCUUAUGUGUUGUGUUGGGGGGUGAUGUCUUUGAGGAGGAAUAUGGCUCGUCUAGUGAUAGUGAGAAGGGCCGCUGCAGUGAGAAGGGGGUUGAGAAUUUAUCAUUCAUCGAGCUGCUUAUGAAAGAACCUGAACUUCAGGAAUGUUUGAUGACACUCGUUACGGACUUGGCAAAACGUGCGGAGAGCUUGGUUGGUGGUGAGAUUAAACUCAGACAGUUUAAGGACGUUCUGCAAGCACUAAAUGGUUACCGCUAUCACAGCAAUAAAUCCAAGUACGACCUUACCCGCGAAAUAGCUUUCGAUCAUGAAGAGGAAAACUGCUCAAGCCUCGAGGCACUGGCAGCCAGCUACCGAUGCAUGCACAGGUAUACAAAAGGUGAUACAACUGUUUUGUUCCCAGCUUCACAUACAACCUGCCAAAUGAUGAAGCUGCCAAAGGACGCCGCUAAACGCUUAGAAAACCGGAUUAGAGACAAACACUGCUGA